CGUGAGUUAGUGUUAGUGUGUGUGUGUCUUCCCGUGUCUCCGCUAGGGGUCGCUUCACUCAACAGCGGUCGCCAUGUUAAGGAUGGCGCUGAGCUUCUGCCCGUUCUGCGGCGGCCAGGUGCAAGAGGCCUUCCACUUCUGCCCUUCGUGCGGCCAGGGCCUCUCGGCCGUGACCACCGCGUGCCGCCUGGCCGGGGCCGGCGGCCCCUCCGCCGGCCACGGCCUCGACCACGGCCUCGAGCACGGCCUCGAGCACGGCCUCGAACACGGCCUCGAACACGGCCGCGGCCGUGGCCGCAAGCGUCGUCAGCCGCUCCUCGCCGACGACGAGGACGACGCUGGUGCCGGCAGCCCAGCCGCAUCUCCGGCGAGGCGAGGGCUGCGGUGGUGCAGGCCGCCGGCCGAAUCUCCCGUCGCCGGCGCCGGCACCGCGGACCCCGGCGUGGCCGGCGUAGCCGGCGUGGCCGGCGUGGCCGGCGUGGCCGGCGUGGCCGGCGUGGCCGGCGUGGCCGGCGCCGGGCCCGCCGGCACGCCCGGGGAGACGCGGCGCAAGUCGGUGGCGUUUGCGCCGAUCGGCAGACAGAAGCCGCCGCUGUCGCCGCCGGCUGAGCCGCCGCCACCACAGCCGACGCCGGCACCGGCGGCGGUGGCGGUGGCUCAGCCGGCGGCUCAGCCGGCGGUGGUGGUGACGCGAGAUGCCAGGAUGGAGUUGACGCCGACUGCCGCGACCGUGCCCAAGCCACGUGCCCCCAAGCGGUGGAGUGGGGUGGAGUUGCCGCUCACUCCGCUGGACGGCGAGGAGCUGGAGGACAUCACUGGGCGGCGCUGGGCACUGGGCGAGCUGCUCACCCAGGGUGACUCGACACAGCUCUACCUGGCACAGAAGCUGACGGGCCGAUCAGCUGGGGACCAGGGAAGUGCAGAACACCUCAUCAAAAUCGUACGCAGAUCGCUCCCCUGUCACUCUUCGAAAGCUGCUGCUGCUGCUACUGCCCAGGAGGGAGAGGGCCCCGACAAGGCCCAGGAGGGCCCCGACAAGGCCCAGGAGGGAGAGGGCCCAGGAGGGCCCCGACAAGGCCCAGGAAGGAGAGGGCCCUGA